CCACACUUUCUGCUGCAGCAGCAAUCUCAGCAACCGACCAACGCACACACUGAUCUACUUCUUGCCACCGACUGCACCCAUUCCCAACACCUCUUCAUAUGUUCAGCAGCAGCUGUUGCAGCAGCGAGAAGAGCACGAGCAUCAGAGCCAAGGACCCACCAGCAGCAACCGUGGCGACGCAGGCAGCAAGGAGAAUGUCCAAGUACACUGUUGUGUUUGUGAGGCACGGGCAGUCCGUGUGGAACUUGGAGAACAAGUUCACGGGCUGGGUCGACGUGCCGCUCUCGGAGCAGGGCGUGUCGGAGGCCCAGGAGGCAGGCAAGAUGCUCAAGGAGCACAAGUACGAGUUUGACAUUGCCUACACCUCUGUGCUCAAGCGCGCCAUCCAGACAUGCAACAUUGUCCUGGAGGAGCUUGACCAGCUCUACAUCCCCGUGGAGAAGGACUACCGCCUCAACGAGCGCAUGUACGGCGCCCUCGCCGGCCUCAACAAGCAGGAGACCGUCGACAAGCACGGCAUCGACCAGGUGAUGAUCUGGCGCCGCUCGUACGAUGUGCCUCCACCCCCGGCCACGGAGGACCACGAGUACUAUCCGGGCAACUUCCCCUGGGCCAAGGACAUCCCCAAGGACAAGCUCCCGCUCACGGAGAGCCUGAAGCUGACGCUUGAGCGUGUUCUGCCGUACUGGAACGAGACGAUUGUGCCGAUGGUGAAGAGCGGCAAGCGCGUGCUCAUCGCGGCCCACGGCAACAGCAUCCGCGCCAUCAUCAAGCAUCUCGACAACAUCCCCGAGGACGUCAUCACCAAGAUUGACGUACCCACGGGCGUGCCGCUCGUGUACGAGUUUGAUGAGGACAUGAAGCCCAUCAAGCGCGAGAACGCAGCCGAGCACCUCUCCGGCAGCUACCUCCUCAACCCGGACGAGCUCAAGAAGAAGAUUGAGGCCGUCAAGAACCAAACAAAGGCCAAAUAAACACACACACACACGCGCGCGCGCACGCACGCACGCACACAAACACAGCCACACACAUAUGUACAGCGCGGAUGUGCGCUCAUGCAUGGUCCCUUUGCUCCACCCCCUCUCCCACGUGUUACUUGCACGUCACCACCCGGUCAGUACAUCCGAGCACGACAUGCGUGUCCAUCGCAAACAUGA